AUGGUGGACAGGGGCUUGGGAAACAGCGAGAGCAGCGGGGAGUCUGAUGCCCACCGCAACCCAGCGAGCCCGCGGAAGAACGCCUUCCAGCCUCCAUGGUCUCUGCCUCUGGGACUGCAACCCGAGUUCGAGCCAGGAGCCUGGGCGCUGGGGAAGGUCAGCGUGCUCACUCCGCUUCUCUCCCUUCCUUCCGAAGCUUACGUGAUCGAUCUGCCCCGUGGAAGCAGCAUGUCAGUCCUCAUAAAGCCGGGGCCCGUCCCUCUGCCGCCGAAGCCCUGUUACAUGUUCUCCUCCAGAAAAUACGUAACCAUGCUGCACAUCAAAUCCGGAGAAAGAAAGGAGUUUAUCUUUGGCUGCCAGAAUCCAGAGAAUCACUUUGUCGUUGAGAUCCAGAAGAAUAUUGAUUGCAUGUCAGGCCUGUGUCCUUUUGGGGAGGUUGAGCUGCAGCCUGCAAUAUCGGCAUUGCCCACCCUCAACCGAACUUUCACCUGGGACGUCCAAGCUCACAAGAGCAUCGGUCUGGAGUUGCAGUUCUCCAUGCCUCGCCUGAGGCAGAUCGGGCCAGGGGACAGCUGCCCGGACGGAGUCACUUACUCCAUCAGUGGCCGCAUCCAUGCCACGGCGGUCAGGAUCGGAACCUUCUGCAGCAACGGCACCGUGUCCCGGAUCAAGAUGCAAGAGGGUGUCACUGUGGUCUUACACUUGCCGUGGUUCCACGACAGAAACUUCUCCAGCUUCAGCAUCGCAAACCGGUCAUCCAUAAAACGACUGUGCAUCAUCGAAUCUGUGUUUGAGGGCGAAGGCUCAGCAACCCUGAUGUCCGCCAACUACCCGGACGGCUUCCCGGAGGACGAGCUCAUGACCUGGCAGUUCGUCGUUCCCCAGCACCUGCGGGCCAGCGUCUCCUUCCUCCACUUCAACGUCUCCAACUGCGAGAAGAAGGAGGAGCGGGUUGAGUACUACAUCCCGGGCUCCACCACCAACCCCGAGGUGUUCAAGCUGGCGGACAAGCAGCCCGGGAACAUGGCCGGCAACUUCAACCUCUCUCUGCAAGGCUGCGACCAAGAUGCCCAAAAUCCAGGGACCCUCCGGCUGAAGUUCGAAGUUUUGGUGCAACAUCCACAAAACGAAAGCAAUGUCACCUACGUGGUUGACUUGAGCAACGAGCGCGCCAUGUCGCUCACCAUCGAGCCGAGGCCCGUGAAGCUGGGCCGAAGGUUUGUCCCCGGCUGUUUUGUGUGUCUGGAGUCUCGGACCUGCAGCACCAACCUCACCCUGGCACCUGGCUCCAAACACAAGAUCUCCUUCCUUUGCGAUGACCUGACCCGCCUGUGGAUGAACGCCGAGAAGACCAUAGGCUGCAUGGACCACCGGAACUGCCACAGGAAGUCCUACUCCCUCCAGGUGCCCGGGGACAUCCUCCGGCUGCCCGUGGAGCUGCACGACUUCUCCUGGAAGCUGCUGGUGCCCAAGGACAGGCUCAGCCUGGCACUGGUGCCGGUCCAGAAGCUGCAGCAGCACACGCAGGAGCGGAUCUGCAACACCAGCUUCAGCUACCUGGUGGCCAGCGCCGACCCCAGCCCGGGCCAGGACCUCUACUUCGGCUACUUCUGCUCUGGAGGCUCCAUCGAGCGGAUCCGGGUGAAGCAGAACGUCUCGGUGACCCUGCGCACCUACGCCCCCAACUUCCGGCAGGACGUCUCCAGGCAGGGCCUGACCGUGUCCUUCAUACCGUACUUCAAAGAGGAAGGCAUUUUCACAGUGACCCCAGAUCUGAAAAGCAAGGUCUACCUGAGGACCCCUAAUUGGGAGCGGGGCAUGCCGCCCCUCACCUCGGUGUCCUGGAACAUCAGCGUGCCCGGUGACCAGGUGGCCUGCCUGACCUUCAUGAAGGAGCGGACUGACCUGGUCUGCCAGACGGGGCGCGCGUUCAUGAUCAUCCAGGAACAGGAGAACAAGGCUGAGGACGUCUUCAGCCUGGAGGAGGUGCUCCCCAAGCCGGGCUCCUACCAUCGCAACUUCUGGGUCAACAUCUCCAACUGCAGCCCUGCGAGUGGCAAGCAGCUGGACCUGCUCUUCCGGGUGUCGCUGACCUUGAGAACGACAGACCUGACGGUCGUCCUCACUGCUGUGGUGGGAGGUGUCGCCUUUCUGCUGUUUGCCCUGGGACUCAUCAUUUGCCUCGUGAAAAAGAAUAGGAAAAAGAAGAUGCAUAAGCGCCCUGCCGUAGACGUCUACAAUGGCAACAUCAAUACCCAGAUACCGAUGCGGCCCCAGAAGUUUCCAAAAGUACAAAAGGACACUGAUAACCACGUGUACGCCGUCAUCGAUGACACCUUGGUGUAUGGGCAUCUGCUGCAGGAUUCCCACGGGUGCUUCAUCCAGCCUGAGGUAGACACCUACCGGCCCUUCCAGGGCCCCAUGGGCGACUGCCCUCCCUCCCCAACCCUCCCAUUUUCCAGAGCCCCGACUGCUAAGCUGACCACAGAGGAGCCAUCCCCUGACUUCAGUCCUGAGUCUGAGAGUGAACCGUACACCUUCUCCCACCCCACCAAGGGGACCAGAAGCAACGAAAACACAAACAUUCCUUUACUGGACGCCCACGAGCCAGUGGAGAUUGGGGAAUAACUCGGACCCAUCCCAAAGACUUUGCAUAAAUCAGGGCACUGGGACACCCUGUAGGGGGCCCAUCAGAAGUCCUAAGGAGGAGGAAUUCUAUGGAAGGAACAGCAGGAGGUUUUCCUGGACGCCACCAACUUCUGAUUUCCAAGUGGACUCGUUCCAAUGAAGAAGACGUUGAAAAUGAUGAAUCCUGGUCUGGAUACAAUAAUCGCAGCUCAUGUCCUUCUAAACUUAGGUUGGGUUGUAAACCAGCCCGCAGUGCGAGCGAAGUGCGAGUCACCCAGUACAGGGCUGCGACAAGCCCUGCAUUGGGAUGGGGACCUCUUUGGGGGGCUGUUAUUCUGCCUGCCACACCUUCCUGACACUGCCCGAGAGACUACAAAAUGAUCCAGCCCACAGGUGUGCUUUGUUUAGCCAACAGAAUCUUUUUUCAGAAUUGACUCUAACAUUUAAAAUGAUAAAAUGUUUACAUAACAAUCCAGAUCGUCAGAUCUGGCCGCGCCGGGGCUCACAUUCUCACCCGGCGACAGCUGGCUGCGUGGAGAAGCAGCUCCACCUUUAGCUGGGGCACCUGGCCUACCAGUUCACCACAGUCCCCACCACUCCCUGUCGCCUCCCACACUGAGGCUCAUGGUCUUGAUCAGUUCCCCUUGAUCAGUUCCCCAGCAGACUUGCUUCUCUCGUAAUGAAAUGUAAAGUUCAGGACCUAUAUCUCGUGUCAAAUGAGAAGACAGGCCUGGAGGCUGGCGUGUGUUUCAGGGAAGUUUUCUUGCACACAGCCCCACCCCUCACUUACCGUAAGGACCGGCCCAGCUCCUGUGGCUGUUUGCCUUUGUGGCCCCUGCUCUCCCGUGGGAGGGGCCAGACUGCAUUAUGGCUUGUCGGCACAGUCCAAAGUUCAGUAUUUCUGUGGCAAAACCUCCUUUGAGAAAUGAGCGCACUCGAGUUCAGUGAAUUCCCCUCGGAAACGCGGCGGCCGGCCUGCUCGCGUGCUAUGGUGCCUCCUCGGAAAGGAGCUUUGCGUCUCCUUAAUGGGGUGUAUUCUAAGGCCUCUCGAACUCUUUCCAAAGGAAGAGUUUUGGGGGUGUUUUGUCUUGUUUUUCACUGUGCCCUUGGCGUGGCUGAUGGCACCUUUCCCUUCUGAAAGGCUGGCUCCCGCCUAGUUACCCCUGGCCUCCUGGCCGGAGAUGAAGGGCUGGAGCAAAGCUGCGGCUUCUUUCCUUCGCCUGAUGUUGCAUCGUUAUUGCAGAUCGCUGGUGGAGCCCCGGCCCUCUAUUCUCUGCCUUCCCCGACCUCCUGGCCUCUCCUGAGGUUUUCUGGGUUGGUGCUCUGCCUUCCGCCCCAAGUGUGGCGGGCCAUCUUUGGCGUGGCGGUCAUCACACACAUCACACACACCUUUAAUGACCAGGGUUCCACAAGGCCACUUUCUUUUAACCAAGAGCGCAAAACUGUAGGCCAAUUUGCUGUCUGCCUGAGACCUCAGGUGGAUUUCACCGGAAGGUAGGCCUCCUGGAAGGUGCCAACCCCACGUACUCAUGGCUCUUUUUUUUAAAAUGUUUUUUAUUGAUUUUUGAGAGAGAGAGAGGGGAAAGGAGAGGGA